AUGGCGCCAAAGGAUCCCCAAAAGCUGCAGCAACAACAAGAGCAACGCAAACAACCACCUCAACGCCGAUCCUGGGCAUCUGCGGUCGCUUCGCUCGCCAAGCGCGUGGUUGAUCCUCUCGGCAUCUUCUCCCGCGGCUUUCCUCGUAGUGCCACCCAGCGCAGCAACCGUAGUGGCGACGCGGGUGCUGCGGCCGCAACGGCCGCCCUGCCCGCUGCCGACACCUCUGCUGCUGCCACUGCUGAAGCCGCGGACACACCGGCGGCAUUUCAUGCUGCGGAGUGGCGGCGUGACCUAGUGGCGGCAGCGGCUGAGGAGGACGACGAGGCCGUUACCGCGGCUGAAACCGCUGAAGCUACCGCUGCUGCCGCCCUGUCCGAGGAUCUCGCUAACGACGUUGCGAUGGGCGAGGUGGCGGACGAGGAGGGGGAGGAGGGGGAGGGGGAGAGCUCGCAUGACCGCGGCACCGCUGCGGCCGAGCAUGGGGGAGUAAGCGACGAGGGGGGCAGCGGUGGCUGCAGUGCUGGCGGCAACGGGGCCGCAGCGGCGCGGCGGCACGAAGCAGCGACGCCGGUGCUGGGGAAACACACGCCUCUGGGCGGCGGUCGCCACGUCUACAAGAGCCGCCCUCCGGCGACUGCCUACCCGGUGGACAUCUACGAAGAUGAGGACUCGUACGAGCUGCAGGUAGUUGGGCGAUAUACAUUGUGCGAUAUAUGCGCGCAGGCUGAUGUGCCCGGGAUGCGAGAAGGAGACCUGGCGGUGGAGAUUCUGGACCGGCAUCGUCUGGUACUGGAGGGCAGUGCGGUGGUGGCGGCGACGGAGCGUGUACGACCGCUGACGGUGGCGGAGGUGGCGGUGGCGGAGGCGCUGCUGCCGCCGGGACGGAGGCCGCGCGCACUCCGGACGGAGCGUCGGCGGCGCCGUCACUUCAAACGGACCUUUCGCCUUCCUCACGACGUGGACCCUUCCGCGGUCACGGCAUCCCUGCAAGACGGGGUACUUAUUGUGAGAAUAGCGAAAUUGCGGACGGCCGGCAGCGGCAGCGGUGGUGAUGGUGGUGCGGCUGCGUCGUCGUUGUCUUUCCAGCGCCGCAUUCGCGUGGAACGACUUCCAGCGGCGGUGGCCGCGGCCGACCCACGGGACGUCGCUGCCGUCGCCGCCGAAGCUGCAGCGGCGGCAAGGAGCGACGCACUCGAGCCGCCACCGCCGCCAGUUGUGGGGGCCGCCGCACCGGCUCCGCUGCCGACGCUCCGGGACUCGUCCGCCACGCCGCCGCCGCCGCCGCCGCUGCUACUCCCCGAGUUCGCCGUACCACCGGCGGUGAAACCGCCGCUCCCACCCCCGCCGCCGUCAUCUCUCACCACGCCAGCGGUGCCGAAGAUGCAAGUACUUGUGCCGCCGCAGACAUGGGCGUCGAUGCUGCCGCUGGGUACGCUGAUGUCGCUGUCGUACAGCAGCAUGCUUGGCGUCAGUAGUGGUCAGAACGGUGCUGGCGGCGCCGGCGGUAACGGCGAUGACGCCGCUACCGUCGGCAGCGGCCGCGAUGGCGGCAUGCGGACGGAGGCGCGCAGCCCGAUGCGGCCGCCGGUGCCGCCGAUGACCCCCCGCCAGCCGAAAUAA